ACCUGCGCGCAGGUUGGAACGCGAUGUAACAGUGCCCCCUUGUGGUCUCCCAUUUUAGAACCCUGGUGUGGGUGAGGCUGUUCCCGCCCGAGGAAGGAGGACGCGGCGGGAUCCCAACCCCGGGGCCCCAUUCACCCCCCCACCCCAUGAACAACCGGGCGCGGGCCCCAAACCCCUCCCCGGUCCGGGGCUUGGCCGUGGCCCGGGCUUCGACCCCGGUCAGGUCCUCGAUCCCGGUCCGAAUCCCAGCUCCAGCCCGGGCCUCGACCCCAGCCCGGACCCGGAAUCCCGCCCCGACCCCGACCCCGGUCCGGGCCCCGAAUCGCACCCACGCCCCGACCCUGGUCCAGGCUCCGAAUCCUGCCCAGGUCCCGGCUCGGGCCCCAAAUCCCGUUCAGACCCCGACCUCCGCCCGAACCCCGACUCCCGUCCAGGCUCCGGUCUCAUCCUGGACCCCUACUCUCCACACCCCGACUCCGGUCCAGACCGCAACCCCAGUCUGGACCCGGACUCCUGUCCAACCCCCGACAGUGGUCCGGACCCCAACUUCUGUUGCGACUUCGACCCGGGUCCAGCUCCCGGCUCCCGCAGAGAUCUCGACCAGGGCCCUGUUGCCCGCUCCAAACUGGAUCCCACCUCCGGCCGGGAUGGCAGCCCCAACCUCACCCCCAGUCGGGGUCCCCAUCACAGCCACGGUCCCUGCCUCGGAAACCUUCCCGAACUCGGCCCCACCUUUGGAUCUACCCUCAGAAUCGGCUUUGAAGCCUGCUGUGUCACCGGACAAGGAUCUUUCACUGAUGCCCACUGUCACCAGUGGAUUGGGGGCCACCCAAGAGCCCCUUCCUGCCCUCACUCCAACGGCCACUGAUUUCCUGGGGCCCAUCCUUGGAUCAACCUCAAAGGCAGACUCACCAGCUACUAAGUUGAUGGAUUCCACUCCCGAUUUUAUUCCGGCACCCAUCCUGGAGACCGACUCCUUCGCCAGCACUUUCGCCUCCGCCUGCGAGAACAUACCGGAGGACAGCAAGAUCCUGAUUCGAGUGAUCUACUGCGGCCUCUGAAGCUAUAGCCUUCGUUACAUUCUACUGAAAAGGAGUCUGGAGCUGCAGUUUCCAAAUUGUCUACGCUUUGAGGAGGAAAGAUCUGUCCAGGCUACAGGGGAGUUUGAAGUGUUUGUGGAUGGCAAACUGGUCCAUUCAAAGAAGAAAGGUGAUGGCUUUGUGGAUGGGGCCAGGCUGCAGAAAAUUGUGACCAGUAUCAAUGAGGAGAUCAGGAAGAGGGAGGUGAGGCGCCUCAGCAGGAUGCCGAGAAGGGCUGAAAUGUUGCCAAGUCAGGUCCUUUUCUGAUGGUGGCUGGGGCAGGGGUGAGGUGGGGAGGCAUGAAGAGGGAAAUAAACACAGUCUGCCUCUCC